AUGGAGGACCAGCAGGGAGACGCUGAUUCUUCUUUGUUGGAGUUGAACCCUCUUGAGGAGGGUGGUAGCGCAGCACAGCCUAGCCCACAAGAUGCAGGCAACGGCGAGAAAGUGGCCACAAAAGGUGGAGUUUUCCCUUGCUGGAAGUCCAGUGGGAAAGGGUUUGGAGUGGCUAAACCGUUGCUCGCUGCUGUCCUAUUUUUCGUACUGUUGCUGGAGGUUUGCUACAGUGUGUCUCCGAGGUUCGGACCCAACCUGAAGACGCAUCAUCUACCACUGGACGAUGUAAGCAUGCAGAAAUACCUCAACAGUCUCAACACAGCAGCAGAGGCGAUGGAAGAAGCCUGGGAAUCCUCAGGAUUGCCAGCGCGGCAAGCAUUUCAAAAACACUUCACACCGUCGCUUGCAGACGGUCAAUUGCCUCCUCCAGACCCAUUGGCGACUAUCAGGGCCCACGUAUCCAGGAUGCGGAGAUGCAAAGUUCCACCUGAUUCUUCUGUAGCGGCGCGGAGGGAUUUCGCUAGGCACCUGCAGCUGCUACGGUGCAUUUGCCGCACAGUCACGCUUCGGCUAGAGGAGUUUGAGUGGUUCCUCUAUAUAACAGAAGACUUCGACGUGCCGAUCCCUGUUCCUGGUCACGACGAGCCUCUUAGUUAUCCCGAUGUUGAAGGGCUCGAGGGAAAGGUAGAAGACGGCUUGUCGGCAGCUCACUUCUUGAAAGCCGUGGGGCUGUUUGGCGGUGAGAGCAAGCAGAAGGUCAAUGAAAUGUUAACUGACAAGCUCACAUUUAUGUUGGCUAUUGAGAACAAACAUACUGUUUACAACUUGGUGGCCCGAUAUUAUUUUGAGUCUUUCCUCCAACCCUUCGAAGGAGACGACGCCACUCCGCCUGCUGCCAACUACAAGAUUCCAUAUACUGGAGAGCAAUUUCAAACCCGAGCUCUGACGAGAACAGCUGCGCGUAUAUUCAGUGAAUUUGAUAAUACUACAAAGUACGCAAACGUUCGAAGGCUAUACCGAAUUGCGGAAAACUGGACGCCAAAAGCAGUACUGGCGGCUACGAAGCAGCAAGAGGAAGCAAAUGCUAACAACUUCAAGAAACGGUUAAACGCUAAAAGGAAACAAAUGCUGGUGCUGCUAAGGGAGGGAAUCCCUUACAAUGAUCUUGUAAUUGUUGCAUUAUUCCUAUUAUAG